CUACGACACCGCCUCUGCAGGCGGUUGAUAGCGUGUCGCGGAUUUCAACGACAAUCUUUUGCAGCUCCUGCCGAAGUCACAUCUGCGCUCUUGUCCUCAAGCACCACGUGGACAUACUGAAUCGUUCAUUGACCGGUGAUUAUGAAUAGCCAAGCUCGUUGACGAUGGUUGAACCGUGUUGCACGACGAACUGGCGGUCUGCAAGACGUCUCUACGGUACUGACUGUGCCACACAGAAUGGGAGACAAAAAAUUCCAGUCUGGCCGCAUCCGUGGGAGCUCAGACGGAGAUCGACACGCAUGGAAGUUACUCCGAGGGAUGCGUUAGCGCUUGCAUCUUUACCGGAAGGCUAUCUUUCCAACGAUCCGUGUGAUCACAGCGCUUGUUGGACCCGACAUCAACUACCCUUCUGCGCGAGCGAAACAUCGAAGUUACUAUCUAUACGAACCGGUCUGACAAGCACUUCGUGGAUUGCCGUUACAACGCUCGGAUUGGCAGGCGGCAUGGGUCGAAUCAUUGGCAGUACGUACAGUCUGUUCGGACCGCUCUUGCCUUGCGUGUUAUUCAGUGCGGUCACUUGCAUCAGAGGCAAUCACUUCUAAUCCUACAUAUGAUAUUUCAACCGUCGAAUUUUCAUAAGUAAGUCUCGCGUUCCUCCAGAAGCAGGUAAGUCAUUGCGACUGUACC